AUGUCUAUCAGUAUCACAGACUACAAGUUGGACUACGAUACGCACAGCCUAUACAGAGUAGAUUUCUUCGACGACUACAUCACAACCCUUGUGACACACACUCCCUCCAAGGUCAAGUCCUGGAUCAACAAAACCCGAUACUUACACCGUUACCGACUUCACAAACUCAUCAUUGGACUUGAUGUUGAGUGGCGUCCCAGUUUCAGUAACGGCGUGAACAACCCGGUCGCAACCCUACAAUUGUGUGUUGGCCAUCGCUGCCUUAUAUUUCAGUUGCUUCAUACACCGGGGAUCCCUAGUCGUCUUUUCAACUUUCUGGCAGAUCCAGACUUUACCUUUGUCGGGGUUGGGAUUAAGGACGAUGUUCGAAAGCUUUACCUUGAGUAUGGCCUCGCAGUAAGGAGGUUUGUCGAUCUUAGGGAAUUGGAAGCGAGAAGGUAUGGCUGGAGUGUGCAGCGGAACAUAGGGCUUAAGGACAUGGCAGCGGAUGUUCUGGGGCAAGAAUUUGAAAAGCCAAAGACUAUUACAAUGAGUCACUGGGAUAACCCGUCCCUUUCACUUGCGCAAAUCAAGUAUGCUUGCAUCGAUGCUUUUGUUUCUUUUGAAAUUGGGAGGGCUUUACGCGCAGCCAAGUAA